UGGAGCAGGGCAGGAAAUCUGGGGAUUUCACUGGAGAAGCUUCUACAGUUUUGUAGUUUCAAAAAGCCACUCAAACAAGUGGCAUCGUUCCCAAUCUUGUUAGUUUGAGACAGGCUUAACAGUGUAGAAAGAGUCAUCACCAGGAAGCUUAUAUUUUCUUUAAAAAGUAGCGUGGGUUGGAGCUGGACUUCAGUCAGGUCCCUGGUGGUCAGUAUCUUUUGCCUCCUCAACCUACAUCCAAGCCCAGGUAGAGACCAUGCAGAAAGAAGAACUGGGCAUGGAUGAGAAUCGCAACCCAGAGGAAGAAUUGUGUCUCAUGGGAGGAAAGAAGGAGAAAUGCCAUAAUCUCAACAACCGCAUCCGAACAGCCAUUGUCUUCUCCUGAAUUGGAACGAGUCAGCACUAUCAAAGCCAGUGAGAAGCCUGCUAAUGCCUCCAGUGUAACCACUGAGGAAUCCGAGAAGGAAACAUGGUCACUCUUUCGGCCCCUUCCUGCUUUCCCAGUUGAUAGCAGCAGUGCCAGGAUCAUUCCCAAGAUCUCUUAUGCCAGCAAGCUGAAAGAGAACUUGGAUCAACCAGGCAAAGCCUGCCAUGUUCCAGCCUCGGCGGUCCGCACCACUAAUAGCCUCCCCAACCGUGGCUUGGCGCCACCCCCCUGCAGUCCCCCGCCAACCGAUAGCAGUCGGCGGCAGCACCUGGGAGCCAUCUUCCAAAAUGAGUGGGGUCUCUCCUUUAUCAAUGAGCCAGGAGCCGGGCAUGGAGGAGGUGGUGGAACGGCACCAGUCCAGGACACCUAAAAUGCAGAUGCUGAUGAAGCAUGUUGGGAAAACAUGGAAGCCAAUGACUGGCAGGCUGCAAGAAAUUAUCACUUUGAAGAGUGGAGCCAUAUAUGGGAGCUACAUAGUCAAG